UAACAAUUGCAGACGCUUUAGGUAAAGUAAUCGUUCACGUUCACGUUCGUCGAAUCAAAAUCGUUCUUUCCGUUUCGGGCGAAUGUACUAAUUCCGUGUGGUGGUUUAACGGACUUAAUACUACUUAAUAGUGACAAACGGUGCAAAUUUUGUUUUGCUGAGCUGUGGUGUUGGAUGCAUGAUUUACUAAAUAACAGUAUAUCUAUCCGAUUAAGUUUUAUUUGUAGUAUUUAAAUUAUUUUGACUGUCUAACUACAAAAUGAGAGAGAGCCCUUAAUAAUCACAGACAAUAAUAUUGUAUUUUAGUGCAGUUAACAGUUGUUUCAAUAAAAUAUACUUAUAAUAUCCGAAUAAUAUCACUGAUUGAAUACCUACCUCUUGCGUAACUUAUACGGGUGCGUAGGUAAUAUACGCACAAGGAAAAGGUGCGACAUUAGACAUUUCGAAAAAAAGGAAAGGUUUCCCUAUCUGUAUUACUAUGCACAUAACGGAAAAUAUAAAUUCAGAGGGUCAAUUGACGCCACUUCAAAAUUUUUACUAUGGAACUAAUAUAUUCAUUACUGGUGGAACAGGGUUCUUAGGAAAAAUUCUGCUAAAUAAACUUUUAACAUCAUGUCCUGGAGUUGAUAUGAUAUAUAUUCUCAUCAGGAACAAAAAAAACAAAGAUGUACACACAAGAGUUGAAGAGAUAUUUCAUGACCCGAUCUUCAAUGCAAUGAAAAAAGCUGCACCAAAAUUUCGUUAUCAUUUCCAAGGAAUCGCUGGAGACUGCAUGUUACCUGGACUGGGCCUCAGCACCACCGACCGUCAAAUAUUAGUUGAUCAUGUUAAUAUUGUUUUUCAUAUGGCCGCAACUGUUCGUUUUGAUGAAAAGCUCAAAAUUGCCAUGCAAAUAAACGUUAAAGCAUGUCGUGAUAUAAUGUUAUUGUGUAAUGAGAUGAAGAAUCUAAAGAGCGUUAUACACGUUUCGACAGCUUAUACGCAUUGUCCUUUAAGAAAGAUUGAGGAAAAAUUUUAUCCGCCUCCCGGUGAUUCGAAGAAUAUGAUGCUUCUUAUGGAUUGUGCACCGGACAAAUUAUUGGAAGGCAUGACACCUAUAUUAUUAGAUAAAUGGCCAAACACUUACACCUUUACAAAGGCCGUUGCUGAGGAUGUUGUUCGAAUAUAUGGCAACAGUUUACCAGUUGGAAUGUUUCGACCAGGAAUUGUUAUUUCCACGUAUCGUGAUCCUGUUUGUGGAUGGAUUGAUAAUUUCUAUGGGCCAACUGGAGCUAUAGCUGGGGCUGGCACUGGUGUUAUACGGACGUUACGUUGUAAUCCGAAGGCUGUAGCUAAUAUGGUGCCUGUGGAUUUAUGUGUUAAUAGUAUAAUUGCAGCAUCGUGGGAUAUUUCACAAAAGUACAGUACAAUAUCGGUUGAGAAGGACAUUCCAGUGUACAACUUCUGUACCUCAAAGGAAAAUCAACUGACGUGGGGUGAUUUCACUACAAAAACAACCAAGUAUGGUCUAAUGUAUCCAACAUUGAAGGCCCUCUGGUAUUUAUGUUAUGCAAAUACACCAAAUAAAAUAAUGCACAUGACAUCAAUAUUAUUUUUGCAUUAUAUACCAGCGGUUAUAUUUGAUACAAUUUCUGUGUGCAUAGGAAAAAAGCCAAGAUUGUUAAAUACUUAUAAAAAAAUCCAUAGAUUUAUGAAUGUUAUUGAAUAUUUUUCGAUGCGGCAAUGGGAAUUUCAAAUUGAUAAUGUGCGAGGAUUGUGGAAUCGUUUAUCAGACUGUGAUAAGGAAAUAUUCUUCUUUGAUAUGACACAGUUGGAUUGGGAUCAUUUUUUGCAGCAGUAUUUUCGUGGUAUAAGGCAAUAUUUAUUGCAUGAUCCACUAGAGACGAUACCAGAGGCUUUAGUAAGAUGGAAUAGAUUAUAUUGGCUUCAUCAAUGUAUUAAGUGUUUAGUAUUUGCAUUAGUAAUACAACUGUUCUGGACGAUAUUUUCAAAACUGUACUACUAAAAUAAAAUUAAUUGCAAUUAAGUGAAACAUCGUAGUUUUUAAUAGAAUUUAUAAGCUUUUACCGGUUAAAUUUUUAAAACUUUAUUUAUGUAAAUAAAUAUAUUUGACAAAUUUAUAAAAUCAAAUAAAGAAAAGAGUACUAUCAACAUAUUUGGUUUGAAAGCCGUAACUUAGUUAUUAUUGAGUAACAAUGUUAUGAAUGACUUUAUUUAAUAAAUAAUAGUUAUUUUCGUUUGAUUA